UAUUCAAUUUUUGUGCUGUAUAAUUGGACAAGUUUACUGUUAGUAAGAAAGCUUAACUUUUUUUUCCAAAAUUAAAAUUAAAUACGUUGGCGAGACUGUGAAAUACGUGUUCCAGCCGUCAUUCGUUUUGACGUGUCCUGUUUUUGUCGAGGAACAUUGUCGUUCUCUGGCGUGAAUUUGUUGGACUAUCGUAUAUAUUCCGCACGGCAGAAGAGCUACACCCAUACUCUCUGGCAACACCAGAGCAAACGAAUACUGGAUGGAGAUUCGGUGGGAUACUUUGUGCUCUCUGUUGACGACUGACGAGCGGUCUCGAGUGCCCGGUCCCUGCACCUGCUUCGGUGUUGGUGUUGUGCGUGUUGUGUGAGGAAGUGGGCAUAGCUGGAACCAUACCGAAAAGCCGAACCGGCAUUAUGAAAAAAAUUCGGCAAUGUUUCGGAAUAGUAUUGUGGCUGAUAAUUGUCUCGCUUGGGUGCAAUCCAGUUCAGUCUGUAGAUCGUAAUAACUUUAAAACAUGUGAACAAAGUAGCUUUUGCAGACGAAGUAGAAGAGUGAAACCUGGGCAGUCUCCUUAUCAGCUCCAUCUCAACACUCUGUCUGUGGGGUCAUCCAGUAUUAGUGCUGAACUAGUCAAUUAUAAUAACUUGGCGAAAUUUAAAUUUGAAUUGUCAGCGAUAAAAGAAGAGACAUUUCGCAUGAAAAUAUCUGAAUUAUCUCCCAUCAGGCCACGAUAUGAGGUGGAAAGUGCUCUGGUCGGUGAACCAGAAUUAGACACAUUGAAAAUAAUAGAACAGACUGCAGAUCAUGUGACUGUUCAGGCAGGUGCCAAUGAAGCCAAAGUUUUUGCUGCGCCUUUCCGGGUUGACCUCUAUUCCCAUGGACAGCUUGUUAUCAGCAGCAAUGCUCGUGGACUUUUAAAAUUUGAACACUAUAGAAAAAAACCAGAACAGAAGGCAGAGGAAGGUGCGGGAGCCGCAGAGGAAGCUGUGGCAGCUGGGGAGGAGGACAUUGAAGCAGACCCAGGUGCCUGGGAGGAAAAUUUCAAGUCUCAUCAUGAUACAAAACCUUAUGGGCCUGCAGCUGUGGCUCUGGACUUUUCCUUUGUUGGCGCUCAUCAUGCAUACGGCAUUCCGGAACAUGCUGACUCGUUCGCUCUCAAGUCAACCAAAAACACUGAUCCUUAUCGCCUAUAUAACUUGGAUGUUUUUGAAUAUGAAUUGUGGAAUCCUAUGGCACUGUAUGGUUCAGUUCCAUUCUUGAUUGCUCAUGGCCCUGCGCGAACAGUGGGGGUGCUCUGGUUGAAUGCAGCAGAAACUUGGGUGGAUAUCUUGAGCUCUGGUGAUCAGACUGUUGUGUCAUCCAUUGUGAACUUUGUGUCUGGUUCAGACCCCACCCCACAAGUUGAUGCCCACUUCAUAUCUGAGACUGGCAUCAUUGAUGUGUUCUUCAACCUGGGUCCCCGGCCUCUGGACGUCUUUAGACAAUACACAAAGCUCACAGGAACUGCUCCACUGCCCCAGUACUUUGCUAUAGCUUAUCACCAGUCCAGAUGGAAUUAUAAUGACCAAGAUGAUGUGCGAAUGGUAGAAAGCAAAUUUGAUGAGCAUGACUUACCUCUGGAUGUUAUGUGGCUGGAUAUUGAACACACUGAUAACAAAAAAUAUUUCACUUGGGAUCACUUGCGUUUCUCUCAGCCAACUGAAAUGACUCAAAAUCUGACUGCUCAUGGUCGCAAGUUGGUGGUGAUUGUUGAUCCACAUAUCAAACGUGAUGGUUCGUACUUUUUGCACAACGAUGCGGAGAGCAAUGGCUACUAUGUGAAGAACAAGGAGGGCCGGGACUUCGAAGGGUGGUGCUGGCCAGGCUCCUCCAGCUACUUGGACUUCCUUAACCCUGCCGUCCAGGACUACUAUGCUCAGCGCUACUCUCUGGACAACUUCAAGGGUUCCACUGAAGACACUUACAUUUGGAAUGAUAUGAAUGAACCGUCUGUGUUUAGUGGCCCAGAAGUCACAAUGCACAAGGAUUGUGUACAUCAUGGUGGAUGGGAACAUCGUGAGAUUCACAAUAUCUAUGCAUUACUCAAUACCAAAGUAACAUUUAAUGGUCUUUUCCGUCGAUCAGAAGGCAAACUGCGACCUUUUAUUUUAACAAGAGGACAUUUUGCGGGCAGUCAACGUUAUGCAGCAGUUUGGACAGGUGAUAAUGCCGCUGACUGGGCACAUCUGCGAAUUACUGUGCCCAUAUCUCCUGAUGAAGAACUAAUCACCGGCUGGUAUCAGGCAGCAGCUUUUCAGCCAUUCUUCAGAUCUCAUGCGCACAUUGACACGAAGCGCCGUGAACCUUGGCUGUUUGGCGAGGAGACCCUUGGAGUGAUCCGAGAGGCACUUCGCAAGCGCUACUCUCUUCUGCCACUGUGGUACACUCUGUUCAGGGAGCAUGAGCUCACUGGGGCUCCAGUAAUGCAGCCACUGUGGGCCCAGUUCCCCACAGAGACCGACACAUUUGCUAUUGAUGACGAAUAUUUGCUAGGUGACAGACUCCUUGUUCACCCUGUAACAGAGGCUGAAGCCUCAAGUGUGACAGUCUAUUUCCCAGGCCCUGGACAGAUUUGGUAUGAUAUGGACAGCUAUGAAGCGAUCCAUGUUAGCAGUAAACAUUCUGGUGGACGUACAGAGCAAAUUCCUGUCAACAUUCGGAAGGUCCCAGUGUUCCAGAGAGGAGGUACUAUAGUUCCUAAGAAAGAGAGAAUUCGCAGAGCAGCCUCCCUUUCUUUGGAUGACCCAUUUACUCUCCUGGUGGCUUUGGAUGUGAAUGGAACAGCCUCAGGAACAGUCUACAUUGAUGAUGGUCGAAGCUAUGAGUACAAGCAAGGGAAAUAUCUAUACCUGGAUUUGAAAUUUGAAGGAAAAACUUUAACAUCAAGGUUCAUUGACAAAAAUAGCAAAUUCCCCACCAAAGCGUGGCUGGAACGAGUAGUUAUCAUAGGGUGGCCAUCUGCUGUUUCUAAAGCAAGGAUAGAAAGUAAAGGUAUGGGAACAAAUGUGUUAGAAGCAUCGUACAACAGUGCAGCUCAUCUAUUGGUUGUGAGGAAACCGGCACCAAAUAAAGAUAAGAGUCCAGGAUGUUCUUUUGAAACAGUGCAAGCCCUUGCAAACAAAAGUAAUGAAGGAAAAAUUCUACUUGUUGAUGAAUUUUCACUCAACUUACUUAUCACAAAUUUACACUCCUAUCAGGUUGUGUUAUUGUCUGGUUUGAUGUUUCUCAUGAACUUAAAUUUCAUGUUAAAG